AUGGCGGCCAAUAGUGGAGAGCCGAACCAUGAAGACAGUAUUAGUGUGACUGCUGUCGUCAGCGAAGCAAGAUGUCUUCGCGAAUUUGUGAAAGAAAUCGCUCCAAGUAUUACUGUCGAUAAUCUGAAAGCGAUGAAACGGUUUCUGCGAGAUGUAAUCUCGUUGAAUGUUGGUGUUGAAUCUGACUCUGGGGGAGAGCUCAUGGCCACUCUUACGACUUGUCAUUGUGUGAACGAUUACGAUUUGGAUCUUUUGGAAUAUUUACUUGGUGUAACUGGAAGGAAUGAUAAUUUAAAUAUGCUGCGGGAGUUUAGGAGGAAAUGCUCUCCAACUCUGGGCAGUAUCCCGGAAGAAAGAAUCAGCGAAAUCUCUCCAGGUAGGAUAAGAUUAAAUUUUUAAUUUAAAGGCACAUCUGAUAGGAAACUUGCGAAACCGUAUCUGCCAUUUCUUUGGUUUCUUUUUUGUUAAAUGAUUAGGUCCCAGAAGAAAUGUUAUUUGAUGUAAUCCUAUCGUUAAAUUAUGCUUUACUGACUGUUUUUCUUGUAUGAUCAUCACGGCAAUUAACAUUGCCUCAAAGCAGUCAUUACUAUUUCCAGAAAAUCUCCCUUGCUCAUAACUGAUUCUGUUUGGCUAGUGAAAAAUAUAGAGUUCACCAUGUUGGAAUUAUUUUCUUUGUAAUGCCGCUGGCUCUGGGGUGUGUGACAAAGCGGAACGCUUUUAUAGAGAAGACUAACAGACUUUUCUCAGGUGAGAAAGUAGUCACUAGUCUUCUGGGAGAGGAAGUGUUGCAUGACAGCCUCGUGGGUUGUCCAGAACGCAAAAAGAGGAGCUAAAUGAUAGAGCAUGUGACCUUCUGUACAACUAAAGUCAUAAGACUACUUUUGCCAGUAACUAAGUUGGCUAAUAGGUGUUAGGUAUCACCUGUGACUGACUGUUGAAUUAAAUUAAUACAUUUGUUAUGAAACCAACAGCUUUUGAUUUCUCUACACAAAGAGAGUUCUGUAUGAGUUUUGCUCUCAGAUUUCUAGAUCACGGGUUCUCACACUGGGAUUAUUUUGUUCACAGCUUUUUAGGCUGUGAUUUGGAAGAAUAUAGUUAAGCCUGAAUCUCGGAUUUUAAUGAGGAUCUCUGCAUCCUGGCGAGUCUUGUAUUUUACCGUUCUUUACUUCUUGUAUUGACUUAGACUUCAAAUAAGACAGAUAUAUUGAAAGAGUUGUCAAUAAUCUCUAUGACAAUCCAUCAAUCAAUUCUCUCACAGCGUAAGAGACAGGUUUAUCAAUUGUAUUGAUACUGACGACUACUAUACUGUGAGUCUUUGUCAGGUGAUGAAGUUGAAAGUUUAUAUGUUGUUAUUUAUAGCAUCUUGGUUUGUCUUGGCACACUGUCAUUGGUGCAUUUCAAUCCUCAAUAUUACUCCGACUAUUAGAUGUUGUUCCCUCAUGGUCCACUUGGUUACUGAUCAGUUGUAAUGCUCUUUUAUAGUACAUGUAGUUAAUCCAUGCUUCAGGAAUUUUGAUCCUUUACCACCCCUCUCACACGUCUAUAGAAUGCCAAGUGUGGCAACAUUAUUGACACCAUACGAAGGGAAUUUAUACAACAUUGAUACUAAUCCAUAGCAAAGAAUGAUGACAUUCGAAAAGAUUAUUAUUAAGCUUAAUGAUUAGCUGCUUCGAAACAGAAUGGGAGAUCAAAAUUGAGUUAUUGUCAUGGAAUUAAAAUAAAUUGAAAUGAUCAACAGAUAUUCCUUCUGAGGGAUGUAUCAGGAUUGUUUGUAAUCACUGGCCUCUGGCACCACACUCUUUUCUUCUUAUCAAAAACAGUGUUAAUUUGACCCAUUUUAGUGACAUCAGGAAGAACUCAAAGGCCUGACAAAGAUAAAAAAAAAAACAAAUCUAAGCCAACCAGAAACCCUUGUGACUCCUGACAAGACAUCUUCCAUUUUUAACAGACAAUUUACAAGUUUUGCUUCUUUUUGUUUCCUUUAUUGAACAUUUUAUUUAAAGACAAUGUGACCAAUCAGUUUAUAUCUACUUCAGUAACAUUGCAGAGUCGUGAAUGUGUAAUUCUCCAAUUUCAUUUCCAUGACAAUCUGUUUUGAAGCGGAUAAUUUUUAAAUGUAACAACAAUCUGCUGCAAAUGACAUCAUACACUGUAUUUUGCAGCAUAUAAGUUUAGUAUCAUGUAAUUAAUCCCCUGCUUAUGGUGUCCAUCAUUUUUCUACAAUUGGCACCACAUGUGUGGACCAGUGAGAGUCAUUGUGGUUUUCUAGCAGUACAACAGUCAACAGUUGCAAACAAUACAAUUGAUUAUGUGACCUAUACAUCAUGAGACAAAUGAUUAAAUGUUUAUUUAUCCAUAAAACCACAAUAAGCAACAAAAUUUUCUAUAAUGAUCUUCCCAGAAAGAAAAAAAAUCCUGAAAGGAUCAACACUGAACUUUUCCCUUUAACAUCCAUACAUUAUCCAGUAAACAGGUAAUGAGAAUACUCAAACUUAUCAGGUUAUCAGGAAGAAAUUAUUGUCUUGAUCUAACUUUAAAUUCUUGUCACUAAUUAACAAAGAAAUGUGUAGCAGCUGGAGGGGAGAAUUAACAAUCACAUCUUGAGAGUUAAAUAGUUAAAAGCAAGCUUGAUUUUCCCAUCUUCACUUAGUCUGUUUUCUGGAGAAGUUUAACCCUUUACACCCUAACAUCAGUAUGCAUAUUCUCCAUACUAUUCUCUACACAUUUCCAAAGAGGCUGACAAGGAGAACUUGUUUAACAAUCAAGAGUUUCUUUAGUUGGUGAUCAUUUCCUUUAUUCUCAUGACCUGGAUGUGUGAUUCAGGGGUGCAAUUGUAGGGAGAAAUUAGAUGUGUGUCACUCUUAGGGGUUAAAGGGUUAACCCUUUAAACCUUAACAUCAGUAUGCAUCUUCUCCAUACUCUUCUUUAUACAUUUCCUAAGUACUGGAAAGGAGAAUAAGUAUAUUAAUCAGGUGCAUCUUGAGUAGAUGAAAAUUUCCUAAGAAUGAUGAAAAUAAGUUUUUUUCUAUCUUAUGACCUUAACCCUUUACACCCUGACAUCAGUAUACAUAUUCUCCUUACUGUUCCUAUACAUUACAAGGUGCUGAUGAGGAGAAUUUGUUUCAUAAUCAAGAGCUUCUGUAGCUGGUGAUCAUUUCCUUUAUUCUCGUUACCAUAAUGUGUGAUUUGGGGGUGAUAUUGUAAGUAGAAAUUAGAUGCUAGUCGCUCUUUGAGGUCAAAGGGUUAUUGCAAUAUGAGUGAAAUUACUAAAAGUUCGGUUGAGGUUCAUGCUUUUUUUUAUUAUUCUUCAUAGCAGAGGGAAGAGCAAUAGUGUCUUUCAUUUUAAAUGAAAGUUUCCAGGACAUUACUUUGCAUAAAGCCCUUUCCUUCAAGAAGAGCCUAUGCAAGCAUUUGAAGUUGAUACCGGCUGAGUUCACUUUUGUUACAACAGUGAAGAUUCCACAAAAACAUCUGGUGUUUCAGUUGCCUUCAGAAGUGCUCCCUUUUCUGCGGCAUUGUACUGGAUGGAGAAAGGAAUGGCUGUUUUCACUCAAUGUCAGUGGUGUACAGGUCUCUGGAGAAGAUGAAAUUUCAGUUCAUGAACUGAAAAUAUCUCAACUUAGAUUGCAAGAAGAUCCAGGUAUGACAGGAAUUUGAAAUCUCAGUAUACUUAAUGUUAAAAUGAUAAAUGAAUUGUUCAAGUGUAGAGCUGUAAUUAAAAGCUGGUGAUAAAUGUUGUUGUAUUGUAGCCCUCUUCCUGCUUUCCUUUGCAAUACAGGUAUUAAAAGGCAAAACACAUCUUUCUGAAAGUGCCUCGUUAAAAAUGGUCAUAUGAUGGACCAUGCAGGGAUAGAUGGGUUCAAACUCUUCACCUGGCUGGUCAAUACAUGAACCACUGAACACAAAAAUACAAUGAACAUAUCACAAGAUUUCUAGCUUUGUGUACACUUUUAACCCUUUAACUCCCAUGAGUGACCAAGAUAGAAUUUCUCCUUACAAUAUCAAUACAAGAUCAAUUAGAUAAGUGAUGAGAAUAAAGGAAAAUAUCACUUUGGGGAUAAUUAGUUGAUCCAAUGCUAAAUUCUCUGAACUAACAUUAUAAGAAUUGUAUAGUUGACAGUAAGGAGAAUCACAAAUUUGAUCUGGGAGUUAAAGGGUUAACCCACAAAAUUAAUGAAGAUGUCCCUCAUGCACCACAAGUAGCUUUCCCACGCAGACCUCUUUGACCCAAUUUUAAUUACAAACUUGAUAAAAUUAAAUUUGCAUUUCAUGCAAGUAGACAAGAUAUAACAUGCAAAGUUAAUAGAUAAGACAAAUAAUCACACAGUACAAUUUUGAUACAACUAAGACAGUUGUUUACUUAAAGUUAUGAUCCAUUCUGAGGCUCCACUGGCAUGUGCAGAAAGAUGGUAUUUCUCCCUCUUUUGUUCAUUUAGGUGGCAGAAAAUAACACUCAACAUUACAAUGAACUUCAAUUUGGAAGAAAGGCUUCAAGCUUAACUUUCUGAAUUUUCCUAUGUAAAAUGGUCACUACAAAUAAUGAUUUGGUCUUGAAGACAAAAGGACAAUUUGGGGGCUUAAUAUUUGUGCAACCAAACAGAAAGAGGAUUUUUUUUACAGGAGAAAAUGACAGAGCAUGAGUAAUAAUUGUGAUGAAAAUGAUUACCUCACUGAUCUCAGACCACAACCACUGGCUCAUCAAACACCUUUCCUCUUGCUACUGACCACUGAACACUGACAAGCCACCAAAUUGGUGACAUGCGCUGCAUAUUGAGUCACCAAAAUAUUUUCAGUCGCUGUGCAUGGUGACUGAUACCGCUGUAGUUUAGGGCCCUGAAAAGAGUACAAUUAAGGGUAAUGAUGAAAAUAAUUAUUAAAAGGGAUUAGAUUUGUUAGUUUUUAUUUCUAUUAAUCAUUUAUUUUUGGUCAUUUCUUCAUGUAGUUCUGGUGUCUCCUGUGUUGCGAGUAAGUGAAGCUGCAAGGACAGGUGAUGUCCCAGAAUUGAAAAGAGUUCUUGACGCAGAAACCAUAACUAAACGAGAUUUUCUGCUCAAAACCCGCACUGACGGAGCGACACCUUUGAUUAUAGCUGCAAGGAAUGGUAACACUGCAAUUGUCCAGUGCCUGCUUGAUGAGUAUGAUGUAGACUUGGAGCAAGAGGGCACCGUCAAAAUCGACGGAGAUCUGAUUGAAUGUUGCACACCAUUAUGGAUGGGGUCUCUAGGAGGUCAUUUAGCAAUUGUGAGGUUGUUAUUGGAGCGAGGGGCUGAAGUGAAUCAUACAACAUUGACCAACUCCACCCCACUGAGGGCGGCUUCCUUUAAUGGACACACUGAGGUAUGUUUGAUAUCAAGGUUAAGAGUGCACAUUCAAUUAAAAAACAUUUUAAUAAACUCUCUCCCUUACAAGACGACCACUGGUCAGAAGAAGUGCACUCUUGACAGCAUUCCUCAUGGUCGUACUCAGACCUGACCAUUUUUUAAACACCAGUUUUACAAUGUGUCAGAAAAAAAUUUGACAGAUUUGUUUGUCUUGUUCAUGGUCCUUGGCAUACUUACCUACAGUCUUAAAAUAAAUAUUAGUUAAUUAUUUGCAUCGGGAAUUUAUACGUUUAUUUUCCUUCAUAGAGUCAUUUUAGUCCUUGCCUAGGGGCUCGUCUCUGAGUCAGGCCCAAAACAUACAGGGUUCGCAAGGGUCCUACAAAACCUGGAAGGUCCUGGAAUUUUAUUUUGACAUUUUCCAGGACUGGAAAUUCCUGGAAAAAGAAUAUAGGUCCUGGAAAGUCCUGGAAUUCUUCUUAACCCAAGCUAUGAAGUAUUCAGAAUUUAUGUUGUAAGAAAUGUAUGUAGACCGUAAGGAGAAUUGAUUUGGAAAUCAUGGGAAUGAAAUGGUUCAAGGUGAAAUUUGAAUUCCUGGAAAAAUCAGGCAAAUUCCUAAAAAAUAACUGGAAAGGUAAUUGAAAUUUGUCUCUGAAAAAGGGCACCAACCCUAUAUUAUGGCCAAGAACAUAAACUCUCUUGAUUUAUUCUGAAUCAGUUGUGUUUCUUUUUCUUUCCUUUUUUUAAAGGUUGUACGAUGUCUCAUUAAUCACGGCGCAGACGUGAACAAGCGAAACCAGGAUGGAAACACUUGUAUUAUGGUGGCUUGUUGGAACGGACAUCUUGAUACGUUUAGGUUACUACGGACAUCGGGAGCCAACAUGGAAGUACAGGACAAUCAAGGUUUCUCGAUGAUUCAUUGCGCUACAGCUGCCAAUAAUCUAACUCUCCUUCAAGAGCUCCUUCCGGUACCGAAUACUGAGGCGGUGAACGCGAAAACCUCGGAAGGUAUUACUCCGCUGAUGUUGGCUUGCGAAAAAAAUCACCCCGAUGUUGUUUUAUUGUUGUUACAAAAGGGCGCUGCAGUGGAUGAAAGGUCUGACAAAGGUCUUACUGCGGCUCAUUUUUGCGCACUGUCAAACGAUAUUAAUAGUCUGCAUCAUCUUAUAGACUAUAAAGCAGAUCUGAGCAAGGCCACGGAGCGAGGCAGUACCCCCUUAAUGCUGGCCUGCGCGAAAGGCUAUGUCUCUAUAGUAACUGCCUUGCUUAGAAACACUUGUAAGUCCAAGUUGAAGAACGAGAUUACUUCAGCCCUAAAGCUCCGCAACUUGACAGGACAACCCAGCUGCCUGGGGCUUCUGGCAACGCCGAAAGGGAUGGAUAUAAAUGCUGGGAACGAAAAUGGAGAGACCUGUUUGAUGAUGGCCUGCGAGAAAGGAAGCGUGGAGAUCGUAAGGAUUCUCCUUGAUGAAGGAGCUGACCCAAACGGCGCCGACCAGAGCGGUGUGACCCCUCUGAUGAUCUGUUGCAGGCGAGGUCAAGAGAGGAUUAUACCCCUGUUGUUGAGGAAGGGUGUCCUUGUGGACCAAAAGAACAAUGAAGGAGACACCGCUUUGCACAUUUGUGUGCGGCAUUACCGCGAGUUUAGCGGUCACAAGAAGUGUUUGGAGCAACUGCUUAGUACUGGCGUGUGUUUAGAUAUGAAGGUUCGUAGACAUUCUCGUUCACAAUCUCUCUCUACUGUUUCGCUUCCCCCCCCUUAGCCCAACCCAUCCCUCCCCUCCUGGACCUGCGAUCAACUCCAAUAUCCUUUAGUUACUUGUCGGUUAUUCGUUGUGUUAUAGCUUGGCAUCAAAUGUGUUCCGUGUGCAGAAAAGUUGUCAACAAAACGUGCAAAGGCUGUUUUUUUUUCUGGAGUGUUUUCUUCCUUAAACCCAUUGUAUUUCCCUUUGUAGGUGUCGGGUCCAAGCCUUUUCGGAGCCUGUUUGCCUGUGACGAUUAAUUUGUCACAAAUGCACACGGUAUCAAAAUAAAAUUAUGUUGUAAACCAGCCAUACUAAGUAUCGAGUUGUCCUCCUAUGUUCCCUGUGAAACGAAGCGUUCGCGUUCCAACGAAAUAGAGAGCUCGUCAAAGCGGAGCUCGUAACAUGCGCAACUUAGCUCCGUGCUUACCGUACCAUUUUUUGUCUCUGUUCAGAAUUCUUCAGGCGACUCACCAGUCACAGUUGCUCUCAGAAACAAAAAGUGGUGCGGGCAGGCGUUUGAAAUGUUACACAGUAGGGGACUGGAACUCAGUAGCCCACUUCAAGACACCAAUGGCGACACAGUUUUCCAUAAAUGUGCGAGAUCUGGUGACGUCUCGUCUAUGACCUUUCUGUUGGCCCUGGACAACAAAGGACCCUUGCAAAAGAACCAAGAUGGCGACACGGCUCUCAGAGCAGCAGCCUUAGAAGGCGCCGAGGCAAUGACGCGCACUCUCAUCAACACGGUCAGUGGGUUCUCACUUAGGGACAAGGUGGAGGCUCUUGAGUUGUUAGGUGUCGGUGUAUUGGCUAAGGAGAUAUCACGUGAUUGGGACAUAUCUGCCGUGGUGGGUUUCUGGCAGGAAGCUCUAACGCUUCGUCGCACCCACAGUCUAACGCUCCCAAACAUCGUUCCUCGCGAGUUUCCACUGGAGUACUUUUUGGAAGCCAGGCUACCCAGCGAUCUGACUGCGUUCGAGUCAAAUCCGAGCGCGGUCACUGCGCAGGCGCUGCAAAUUUGUGACCGCGUUUUGGGGGAUACCCAUUCACGCCUGCCCUCCCUCCUGGGGACCAUCGGCGAACGAUUUGCGCAAAUAGGCGAGUUUUGUCGCAGUUUAAAUAUUUGGCUGUACGUUUUAGAGAUUCAACUCAAAUCCCUUUCUUCUUUACCAGACGGGGUUGAAGACUUGCUUAAUACUUUCCGCUGUUUCGCUGAUGCGUUUGGUUUUGUUUUGAGCCGAAGUGGGAGUGUCUUGCAUUUUAAAACCGUCUAUCAAGUCAUUAAAAGUGCGUUGCAAGGUUUCAAAACAUGCCCUGCAGUAUACGAAUCACGUGAUAAGAUGAUGGUCUAUCUCCUUCACUAUUUGUCUGCCUUACUAGAAGUUGCGUCGGACGAUCGUGAUGUAGAGGUUGUCAUGGAGACAGUCAAAGCGGUUGCGUGGUUGGGCUUGCGCAGCACAACAGGGUCAACUCUUCUCCACCUUGCUGCAAACUCUAAAACUGAAGACAUAAGCUCUCUUAAGGAACACCUUCACUUUCCGAGCCGCCGCGUUUGUGAGCUUUUGAUGGACAGCGGUAUUGAUCAGAACGCUUUAGAUAGCGACAGGAACACCGCACUUCAUAUACUUCUCACCAAAGGGCACGCUGAAAAAGAUGUGUUGGCUUGCUUUUUAAAAGCAAGGCCGCAUUUGGACGCGAAAAAUUCGUCAGGGAAAACAGUCCUUGACUUGGCGCGGUGCAAAAAGGUCAGGGGUGUUGUCAGGGCCGCUGAACGAGUUCCUGGUCUACAAUGUCUCGCGGCCCGAGAGAUUAUACGAGAAAAGUUGCAGUACGAGGGUAUAGUUCCAAAGAGAUUAGAAACAUUUAUACAGCUACAUUAGCUCAACGGAUGUUAUAUAUUUAAACUGCGUGUAUCAACUCACAGAAACAAAUAUUAAAACAUUUGGUAACGCCUCAAUUGGGAAUCGAGUGUACUGUUGCCAAAAGUGGCUCAGGCUAGUCACGUGAGGCAAAUCAUCAGGCAGUCACCUGGUGAAGUGAAAAGAACAAUUACCAAUUUCCGAAUUACCAAGCAUUGGAAGUGUAUAUCACACGAUCAGACAAGAAGUGCCAGAAAGGUUCACGCGCGGACUUGCCUGACCUGUAUCUUGUAAAGAAUAAUUGUCGUUUGAGACACAACCUUAUAAAGAAAAGCUAUGUCGUCCUUAGUCCUGAAUAAAAUGAUGACAGAUUUAUAGAAAUCAAAGUAUCUAUUUCUCAGCUGAACUUUGACUUGGAAAUAAAUCGAUUUGAUUUGAAAAUGAAUGUUGCUAUUAGUUAAAAUAAAC